AUGUCUUCUCCUGAAAAAGCCGCACAGCCUGUUGCCUCUGCGUCUACCGAUAGAAUUAAAAAGUUCUUCGAGGACAAAGACUGGAAGUUUUACUGCGCCCUUGUUGCCGGUCUGACAUUGGCCGGUGCCGGUGCCUAUUACCUCACCGCUCCCAAAUCAAAUAAAGAACGCGCGAGCAAGAAGACCGUAGACAGCAAGAAACCAGAAGCAGCCGGUCCUGCUAAGGGUGCUGAAACUCGCGAUAUUCCGGCCAAGGAAAAAGCCGCUGCUACGCCUUCCGCCGCUGCUGUUGAUUAUGUUUCCAUGGACGAUGCUGCCAUUGCCGCAUUAUCAGCUGAGCAACGUUCGGAAGCUGCUCAAUCGUUAAAGUCCAAAGGCAACAGUCAGUUCAGCAACAAAAAGUACCAAGAAGCUGUCGACUUGUACACUCAAGCCAUUCGCUUCAAAGCCGAUCCUAUCUUCUUCUCCAAUCGUGCUGCCUGCUAUGCCAAUCUUGGUCAGAACGAUCGAGUCAUUGAGGACUGUAAUCAGGCUUUGAAGUUGGAUCCCGUCUAUGUGAAGGCUUUGAAUCGCCGUGCGCAAGCUUUGGAAAAGAAGGGUGACCUUGCCGAAUCUUUGUAUGAUUUCACCAGUGUCUGCAUUUUGGACAGCUUCAAAAAUGAUGCCGCUGCCAAAUCCAUGGAACGCUUGUUGAAGCAAGUGUCCGAAGAAAAGGCCAAGGAAAUGAUGAAGACAAAGAAGCCUCGCUUGCCGUCUCAUACUUUUGUCAGCGCUUACCUCGAUUCUUUCCGUCCAGUUGUCCACGAAUUGCCUACGGAAACUGCUGAAGAAUCAGGUGACGCUUGGUACGCCAAGGCGAUUUGUGCUAUCGGCGGAAAGAAUUACGAGGCCGCUUUCGAUGCUUCUGAAAAGGCCGUGGCUUUGGGUUGUUCUCCCGCUUAUCAGGCUCACGCAUUGAACCUCAAGGGUACAUUCAUCUUUUUGAAGGGCAACACAAAGAAUGCUCUCGAAUGCUUCAACGAGGCUAUCAAGGUCGAUCCCAAGUAUGUUCAAAGUUAUAUUAAACGAUCCAGCAUCUUCAUGGAACAAGGCGAUGUUGCUUCGACUAUGCAGCAAUUCGAAGAAGCUAUUGCCAUCAAUCCCAGCGAUCCUGAUAUUUACUAUCACCGCGGUCAAGUGAACUACAUCAGUGGCAACUACGAUGCCGCUGCCAAGGAUUACAGCGAAAGCAUCAAGUUGGAUGACAGUUUCGUUUAUGCUCAUAUUCAAUUGGGCGUCGUUCAAUACAAGCUCGGUUCCAUUUCUCAGUCCAUGUCCACUUUCAACAACACCUUGAAGAAGUUUGCCAACUCGGCCGAUGUCCACAACUACUACGGUGAACUGUUGGCCGAUCAGCAAAAACUUGUGGAAGCUAUCGACAUGUUUACGCAAGCCAUCAACUUGGACGGCAGGAAUCCGUUGCCCUACAUCAAUAAGGCCAUGUUGAUGUACCAAGUCAUGGGUGAUAUCAAUGAGGCAACCAACUUGUGCAAGCAAGCAUUGGAGGCCGAUCCUGCAUGCGACGCUGCUGUGGCUUCAUUGGCUCAAAUUUUGCUUGAACAAGGCAAGCCUGAAGAAGCUCUCAAGUACUAUGAAAUGGCCAUUGAUUUGGCUCGAACGGAGGCCGAAUUAGAACAUGCUAUUUCUUAUGUCGAGGCCACCAAGACGCAAAUUCGAUUCCAGCAGGAUUAUCCCGAUGCUGCUGCCAGACUCAAGGCGUUGCGCGGUCAAUAA